UCUCCGCGUCGCACACACAGAUUCUGUUUCACAGGUAAAAUGGCGUCGGGGGCCAUUUCAGCGGAGACUAAGAAGAUUACAGAUUUACGUGUUGUGGACCUCAAAUCAGAGCUCAAGCGAAGAAAUUUGGAUGUUAGCGGUGUGAAAAACACACUGGUCGCAAGAUUGAAGCAGGCCAUAGAAGAUGAAGGUGGUGAUCCAGACAACAUUGAGAUCACCAUGUCAGCUGACACACCCACUAGAAAACAUGGCAAAUCUAAAGGAAAAAAGACAGAGCUGGACACUGAUACCACCAUGGAGGAGGAGUCCUUCUCAAAGGAGACUGAGGAAGAGGAAUCUGAAAAAGAUGUAACUGAUACUGAUGAUGCUACUCGUGACAAUUCUAAAACCUUCUCCUGCGAAGACGGCCUUGCAGAGCCCGAGGUUGAGGCAGGAGUGGAGCCUGAUCUUGAGGCUGAGGCAGAAGUGGAGCCUGAUCCUGAUGCAGAUAUUGAGGCAGAGAGAGAAGCUGAUCCUGAAGCCCCAGCGCUGGAGGCCAUGGAGAGUGAGCCUGCUCCUGAACCCCUGAAAGAAGUUGAGGAUGACAAUAUAUCUGUCACCAUCCAGGCUGAAGAUGCCAUCACACUGGAUGUGGAUGGCGACGACCUCCUGGAAACAGGUAAACAUGUGAAACUUCCAGAUUCUGAAGCAGACAAGUGCUGCGAAGAGCCUGAGGCUGCUGCUGAGAUGGGGCAUGAGACAGACUCUCUGGCUGAAGUGAUAGAUGGCCACAAGGAUGGUAAGAGAGAUGACGGGCUGAAGUCUGACGCCGCCAAGAAGGACAGCAGAGAGGCCUCGAAGAAAGGAGAAACGGGAGACAAGGAAAAGGAUUCUGGGAAGAAAGGCCCCUCUUCAACUGGGGCGACAGGUCAAGCAAAGAGCUCUUCAAAAGACAGAGAUGGAAAGGCUGCGAAAGAUGAAAAAGGAAGUGGCAGCAGCAGUACAAGCUCUACUCGCAAUCUGUGGGUGAGCGGCCUGUCGUCCAACACCAAAGCAGCUGAUCUCAAGAACCUCUUUGGCAAAUAUGGAAAGGUUUUUAGUGCCAAAGUGGUCACCAAUGCUCGUAGCCCAGGAGCUAAAUGUUAUGGAUUAGUUACCAUGUCGUCCAGUGCAGAAGUGGCCAGGUGCAUCUCUCACUUGGACCGCACAGAACUCCAUGGACAACAGAUAUCUGUGGACAGGGUGAAAACUGACCCAUUUAAGAAGGACUUUUUAAAAAAAGAGGGAGAAGACAAGGCAGCUUCCAGUAAAAUUUCUGGAGAAAAGCGCACUCCGGUUGGAGCAAAACCUUCCAGCAAGACUCCAGUUUCAUCUAAGAAAGAGGAAAAGAAGUCAGACAAACCCUUCGAGAAGGACAGCAAAGACGUCAAAAAACAGGACUCCAAAAGCAACAAAUCCGAUGCACCUUCCAAUUCUGGACCCGAGGCAGCAAAGAAAGAUGACAAGAAACAUGGACGAAAGAGUCCAGGCAAUACAGUGCUCAACCAACCUAAAGGAGAGCAAAUCUUCAAUAAAUCUCGUCCUCCUUUUAGAAGGGGUGGGAGAUUUGAGAAGCCUGGUCCACCCAACAUGAUGAACAGACGGCCCAGAUGGUUCGGACCACCUGAUGAGAUGGAGAUGAUGAAGAAAGGGCGUCCCAUGCCUAACAAAGGUGGCAAUAUUGAAAUCCUGCCAUUUGAGAAGAUUAAGGAACAGCGAAUGCGUGAGCGCAUGAUCAGGAUGGAACGUGCUCGCAGGGCUGUGGAACUGCGCAGACGACGUGAAGUAGCAGAGCGGGAGCGCAGAGAGAGAGAGCGUAUCCGUGUUAUGCGCGAGCGAGAAGAAAGGGAGAACCUAAUGAGAGAGCGCCAAAGACUAGAGGUGGAAAGACAAAAACUAGAACGUGAGCGCAUGGAGAGAGAGAGACUGGAACGGGAGAGGAUCCGAAUAGAGCAGGAGCGACGCAAAGAAGCAGAGCGCUUAGCUCGUGAACGCGAGGAACUAAGACGACAACAAGAACAGUUGCGUUAUGAGCAGGAGAAACGAAACAACUUAAAGAGGGGACGUGAUGUAGACCAGAGGAGGGACGAUCCAUACUGGAAUAGUGGUAAAAAGAUGGCGACUGAGCCAGAGGGCCGGAUCAGUCAAGGUGGAGACUACAACAGCAGGCAACAAAACCGUUUUAAUGAUUUCAACCACAGAGACCGCAACCGGUACCCACAGUCCUCUGCUGUGCAGUCCAACAACUUUGAUAGACGCAACCGCUUUGUUAAUGAAGCUGAUUCAAAGAAGAAUCGACCCGCACCACGUCGGGAAGGCUCUGGCUUUGAACGCUAUCCUAAAGACUUUGAAACUGUACGGAGAGCAGAACCACCACCUCCACCUCGUGCAGAGCUCCGAGACAGUGAUCGACGAGAGAUUCGAGAUCGUGAUGAGCGCAGACCGGUGUCCAUGCCUGAUCGGGCAUCUGGAGGCAGAGCACCACCUCCUGCCAUUGCUCACUCCCGCACCCCCAGAGACGGCAGCCAUGCUGGCUGGAAGAAUGAUGGAGGAAUGAAUACAAAGCAAGAUGUCAGACCAGUUCAGAUGCGUCAAGAACGUCCAGGCCGAGAGGGUCCUGGACCUGCCAUGAGAGGGGUGUCCUCAGCCAGCCGUGGCAGAAGCAGCUUCAACAGCCGAGAUGGCAGAGCUGUGGUUAUGGGGGAGCAGCCUCACUUCAGCAGUGGCAGGCAGGUGGUGGUAGAGAGACAUGGACGUGAUCAGGGCCCAAGGAAAGAAUGGCACGGGGCUGGUGGCUCACAGAGUGGAGGAUUCACAGAUAACCGCAGGAUGGGAGACAGUCGGCCUGGCAUGAUGGCUGCUCAUUCCAGUCAUUCCUCCACUGGUAUAAACAGAAUUGUGCAGAUCACUAAUGUUCCGAUGACCGGCAGCAGCGGAGGAUUCAAGCCCUUUAAAGGAAGGUUCUAGCAUCUUUGCAGCAGGAAAAUAUAAAUAUUUUUUUUAUUGUUUUUUUUAAUUUUGAUCUUCUGAUGUUUUUAAUCGGCUAAAAGUAUAUAUAGCCAGAAGGUUAUUGUAAAGAUUGGGUUUGGUUGGCUCUUAUGUGUAAAAGGCUUUACAUGUAGGUUUUUUGUUUCCCGAACUGUUCUCUGGUGAACUGUAAACAACCUUUGUGCACAAACAUGUUCUCCUGACACAAUGUAGGUGCAGCUGUACAGCUUAUUUCUUAACCAGUGUUUGUUUAGAUAACCUUGACGCGUUGUUCCAGAUACUCUCAUAUGCUUUGGUCGAUCUACUGUGUGUAGCACUGAACACAUCUGUAAUUCCAGUAACAUUUCAAUAUGUGACCCCCUUUUUGAUGACAGUGACUAUUCUACAAGUUGAUAUUAAAUUAUGUGGAUUAUGA